UAUUUUUAAUACAAGUUAAGGGGAAGUAGGUAACUUGCGCGCGCAUUUCAUAGGUAUUCGCAACUUCGAAAUCUGUUCUAAGCUUUGUAGUAAAAGAACUUUCAUUCAUUUGGCGUCGAUAGUCACGUUAGAGAUCGCUUGCCGGGUAAACGCCGUGCAUAUCACGCCAUGGCUUUAUUUUGUCGUAUCGAAACGCAUUUUGAAUAAAAAUGUGGGUAGAUGUGAGCGGGCGGGAAAAACAAAAUUAUAAUUCACAAACUAAUGGAAGUUUUAUACCAGGCAAACCGUUGGAAUACCGUCCUGGGGAUAACUACGAGUUAGACCACACGCGACGGUACGAGAGACCACAGAGGGACGUGUACGACGGCAUGAGGCAACGGCAGACCGCGUAUAUGACGGGUUAUACGGGCUACGUUCCCGGGAUGAACUUCACUUACGGUAAAUCGUACGGACGCGCCGCAGACGACUGCAUGACGAAUUUCACCGAACAUCAACGCGAUCUGCGACGCAAGGCAGAUUUGAACAAGAGCUACGUGCGAUCCAGGAGCGCGCCGAAAAUGGAAACCGUGCACUCCCGGGACGAGAUACGACGCGAUCUUAGUAGAUUUAGGGAGAUUAAUAAGUACAAAGAAAACACAAUUUCACCGGAAUUCCCUCCGAUAGCUGGCUACACAGGCCACAUACCUCGAAUAAAGGGAUCCGAAGCAUCCCUCAGUCAGAGAUACCACUGCGCCGCGAAGCGUGGAUUGGAACUCAUUAGACUAGAGAGGGACAAACGAAAAGAACUAAUAAACGCCGACUCAAAUAUAAGAACGAUAUUAAAGGAGAAUGGAAAGAAAUAUUCUUAUUGGAAUUGGGGAUAGCACACGGGCAGAAGAAUGUUCUUUACAAAGGCCCGAUGAACAUUCUUCUGUAAUUGGCCAAGUCGGGCCUGUCUUGAAUUGAAUACGUCGUGUAAAUAGGAACGUAGAAUUCAACCGAAACUGAGAUAUGGUAUAUAAAAAACUAGCAGGGGUAAUCAAUAGGCGGUAACUUUAUCGAAGAAUUGUUGACUGGAUUUAUAUCGGUUUUAAUUUAGGCCGCUUUGAGACCGGCGAUGGGCUUUCUGACACAUACUUAUGUGACGGCCCAUGAGAUUGUGUCUGUUAUGAGAAGUGAUCUUUCGUGCUUUUUCCUUGUUUUGUGAUUUUAAAACCCUAAGAUCUAGUGAACCAUUCUAAUGUAUUAUGUAUUUAUAUCAGUCUGCUUUAAAGUCGACAUAUAGAAAUAUUUACAAGGCGUAUUCAAUGUAACGAAGCAGUAUUUAAAUUAUUUCGAUUAAAAAAAUUGUAAAGAAAUGUUCUAAGCAUCGAAGAUAAACUAAUUGUGCAUCGACAAAUACGGAAAAGGUUCGUAGCUUCUAGAAUAUAGAUGAAUUGAAGUAGCACAGGUUCAGAACUCAUUUCCUAUAUUGUAAAAUGAAGAAUACACUCGGUGACCGUAUUAUUUUUUAAGAACGACAAGAUGUUUAGAUUAAGAUUCCUAAAAUACAAAAAAUAUUAGAUAAUGAUAUUUUUUCUAGAUUAUAAUAAACUGCAGCGUCGACAAGAAAAUAUUAUUAGCAAGAGGCUAGAUUUUAGUGUAAAUGAACAGGUGCCUGUAAACAAUACAGUAAUGUAUAAUAAUAUGUAAGUUUCUUAGUUUAUUGAAUAACUUCUGCUGUGUAGUAAUAAAAUUAAAUAAAAUGUUAUCCCUAAUGUUUGAAGGAGGUGAAGCAUUAUUAAUACAAGUUGUUGUCAUUUAAAGAGAAUUAAUGGACACCUUCAAAUAACUGUAUACAACAGGAAGACAUAUCUUAACUUUGUAAUACCUACAUUUGGUCUUUAUCUGGGUAUACAUUAAUUUGAGGCUGACUGUACCUAAUAAUAAAAAAAUCUGCUACAUCGUUUUUUUUUUCAUGUCUCAAACGUUUUAUAAGCUAUCUAAUUAAAUUCAAGAGCUAACUACAAUAAAAAUAAAAUUAUCUCUAGCAUUGCAUAGGCAAUUUGUUACGAUGAUUUGCCGUUAUCUGUGUACAUUCUAGAAUCCUACUAACGCCAUCUAUCAUAAGCAAUCUAUGUAGAUUAUGGCGGGAAAAUGCCCGGGAGUAUUCAGACCUAAAUCAACAAACAUAAGUUGGCAUUGUUGAGCGACAUUUAACGCAUCAUUUUAAUUUUAAGUCACAUAUUGGGUGUUAUUUAUGAAAAAUCUACGACACCAGAAUAUUAGAUUUUUGGAAAGUUUCUCAUAAAGUACAUCCAACUACUCUAUUUUUCGUUAGUACUUAAGUACCAUCUUAUCAAUAAUAAUACAAUCUUCCACCUAUCGAUUUUUGCUGACUUAUGUUUGGUGGUUUAUAAAAGCAUUCGAAGAGUAUGUCAACCAUACUUCUAAUUUGUUAAUGCCAUUUCGUCUUAUUAAAUCCUA